UUGAUCGAAUACAAUUUUCAGGGGAAAUUUAACGAUUUAUUUAUAAAAUGAGUUGCCAUAAUGUUAAACUACUAAUACUUCUGCUCAGUUGUUGUUUCCAUUGCACUCAGCUGCAACCUGCUCCUUUCUCUGAUCUCGAACCUUUGGCGGAGAAUGAGGUGUUUUUCACUGGUUUGGAGGACGACGUGGACUGGAGUGGAGCAAACUGGAAGCUGGUGAUCCCCUGGCUAAUGGAGCGCCAGAAGCUGCGUUUCUGCGUUUCCCUUGCCAGAUUCGAUGACCAGUUGGUGCCCGGAACAGCCUGCCAGGCCCUUUUGGCCAAUGGGCCCCUCAUGGACAACUGCGACAUCGGGAACAUCGAGGACCUGACCAUGACCAUGCGCUACGCCUUUGGCGAAAUCCUCCUCGAUACGAUGCGAAAGUGCCGGCCGGGCCUGGAGCUCUUUGGAGUUCGCUGCAGGCGGAUGGCAUAACUGGAGGAAAGCCUGUGACAAACAAAUAUUUUUAUUCAAAAUGCGAAAUUGCAUUUCUUUUAUACAUGGAGUAGGUCAUAACAAAUGUCAUUGUAUUCAAUACGGGCUUAGAUGGCCAAAGUUGAGUAUAAACAGAGAGUAUCGACAUAACAAUAUUAAAUAUUUUCAUAUUUCGACUCUUUGUUUUCGCAGAAACGCUUUCAAUAUAACAAAAGGUCAAUCAAAAUAUAUCAUGUGAAAAUCUGCAAAAUAAUAUUAAUUAAAUUAACUAACGCUCAAUUUUAAACAAAUAGAAACAUUCUAGUAUAGGACAUUUUAAUUGAAUUUUCAGCUGACUUUUUUAAUUGAACCGUAUUAGUACUUAUUUCAUAUUUAACAAAAAACCUCACUGAAAUAUACUUUUUAAAAUAUGUCAAUAUAUAUCAAUAAGUCUUGCCAAAAUGAU